AUGUUGAUUUUAGAGUUACAAGCCUUUUCCUGCUUCUUCCCAGCCAGGUCUCUAGACAAACUUUAUAACUUUGCUGAUUGUUCUGGACUCCACCUGAUAUUUGCUCUAAAUGCACUGCGUCGUAAUCCAAAUAACUCCUGGAACAGUUCUAGUGCAUUGAGUCUGUUGAAGUACAGUGCGAGCAAAAAGUACAACAUAUCUUGGGAACUGGGUAAUGAGCCAAAUAACUAUCGAACCAUGCAUGGCCGGGCAGUAAAUGGCAGCCAGUUGGGAAAGGAUUACAUUCAGCUGAAGAGCUUGUUGCAGCCCAUCCGGAUUUACUCCAGAGCCAGCUUAUAUGGCCCUAAUAUUGGGCGACCCAGGAAGAACGUCAUCGCCCUCCUAGAUGG